AUUGCUGUGUUUAGAACCACGGUUGUCCUGCAAGUCAUUUUCGUUAGUGCUUUAGUCAAAAUUCUUUAGCCUUAUAUAAUACUGACGUUGCAGGGAAAUCCGAACGAGCCCUUUCUUUUUUUAUUUAUUUGUGGCUUGGCCUCAGCCUGCACUCUAGAGUUUAAUAGCUCGCGGUAGGGGUACACGGAACAUGUAGAAGCACAGGGGCAUCAGGUAGUGCAAAGAUUACUUCAUUUGCUUCAGCUGAAAGGUGCCCGAAAUUGACAUGACCUUGUACUGAGAGAGACAAGAUGAGGUACAAGAAAUACAUGGCUAUUCUGGAAGCCGCGGUUGGUAUCACCCCGCUUAACAAAAGGGAGCUUCUCCCUGAGAGCAGAAGACAUGUCAACCUCUGGCAGCACCCCGGGGUGCAGAGUGCCGCAUUACUGUCAUCUCCCUGUGAGUGGGACUGGUACCUGGGCCGCACCUCCUGGAGUGAGCAUUCCACAAAGCAUAGACGUGUGCAACCUGACAGCCUGCUUUAUCAGGCCCCAGGCAUGGAAGAACUGAUAUGGGAACAGUACACUGUGACCCUACAAAAGGAUUCCAAAAGAGGAUUUGGAAUAGCAGUGUCUGGAGGCAGAGACAAUCCCCACUUUGAAAACGGAGAAACAUCAAUCGUCAUUUCUGAUGUGCUCCCCGGGGGGCCUGCUGAUGGGCUGCUUCAAGAAAAUGACAGGGUGGUCAUGGUUAAUGGCACCCCCAUGGAGGAUGUGCUCCAUUCAUUUGCUGUUCAGCAGCUGAGAAAAAGUGGGAAGAUUGCCGCCAUUGUGGUCAAGAGGCCCCGGAAGGUCCAGCUGGCCCCACCCCAGGGCAGCCCGUCUGUCGGUGAGGAUGACCGCGCUUUUGAUGUGAUGGACGAGUUCGACGGUAGAAGUGCCCGCAGCGGGUACAGCGAGAGGAGCCGGCGCAGCAGCCACGGUGCGCGCAGCCGCAGCUGGGAGGACAGUCCGGAGAGGGGGCGGCCCCACGAGAGGGCACGGAGUCCAGAGCGCGAGCGCAGUCGCGGCCGCAGCCUGGAGCGGGGUUUGGACCACGACGACUAUGGGCGGGGCCGAGAGCGCAGCCGCGGCCGCAGCCUGGAGCGGGGUUUGGACCACGACGACUAUGGGCGGGCCCGGGAGCGCAGCCGCGGCCGGAGCACAGACCGGGCCUACGACCGAGGUUACGACCGAACCUACAGCCCGGAGGAGGAGUACGGCCGCAGGGCCCAGCCCGAUGCCCGAUACGCGGCGUCCCGGAGCCGCAGCCGCGAGCACUUGCACUCCUGCAGCCCCAGCCCUGAGCUGAGGGGGCGGCCGGACUCGGACAGGCCCAUCGGGGUUCUUCUGGUGAAAAGCAAAGCAAAUGAAGAGUAUGGUCUCCGGCUUGGGAGUCAGAUUUUCAUAAAGGAAAUGACCAGAACUGGUCUGGCAAAUAAAGAUGGCAACCUGCAUGAAGGAGAUAUAAUUCUCAAGAUAAAUGGAACUGUAACUGAGAACAUGUCUUUAACGGAUGCUCGAAAACUGAUAGAAAAGUCAAGAGGAAAACUCCAGCUAGUGGUGUUGAGAGACAGCAGGCAAACACUCAUCAACAUCCCGUCGUUAAAUGACAGCGACUCAGAAAUAGAAGAUAUCUCAGAAAUAGAGUCAAACCGAUCAUUUUCUCCAGAGGAGAGACGGCAGCAGUAUUCCGAUUAUGAUUAUCAUUCCUCAAAUGAAAAGCUGAAGGAAAGACCAAAUUCAAGAGAGGACAUGCAGAACAGAUGGUCCAGGAUGGGCGCCACACCCACUCCCUUUAAGUCCAUGGGGGACGCUGCAGCUGCACUUGGCACAGAGAACAGCAAGGAACCCAAAUACCAAGAGGAACCGCCAGCUCCUCAACCAAAAGCAGCCCCAAGAACCUUUCUCCGUCCUAGUCCUGAAGAUGAAGCAAUAUAUGGUCCCAAUACCAAAAUGGUGAGGUUUCAGAAGGGAGACAGUGUGGGCCUCCGGUUGGCUGGUGGCAAUGACGUUGGGAUAUUUGUGGCUGGCAUUCAAGAGGGGACCUCCGCAGAACAAGAAGGCCUUCAAGAAGGGGACCAGAUUCUGAAGGUGAACACACAGGAUUUCAGAGGGCUGGUUCGGGAAGAUGCCGUUCUCUACCUGCUAGAAAUCCCUAAAGGUGAAAUGGUGACCAUAUUAGCUCAGAGCCGAGCUGAUGUGUAUAGAGACAUACUAGCUUGUGGCAGAGGGGAUUCGUUUUUUAUAAGAAGCCACUUUGAAUGUGAGAAGGAAACUCCACAGAGCCUGGCUUUCACCAGGGGGGAGGUCUUCCGAGUGGUAGAUACGCUGUACGAUGGCAAGCUGGGCCACUGGCUGGCCGUGAGGAUCGGAAAUGAGUUGGAGAAAGGCUUAAUCCCCAACAAAAGCAGAGCUGAACAGAUGGCCAGUGUUCAGAAUGCCCAGAGAGACAAUGCUGGGGACAGAGCAGAUUUCUGGAGAAUGCGUGGUCAGAGAUCUGGCGUGAAGAAAAACUUAAGGAAGAGUCGGGAAGAUCUAACAGCCGUUGUGUCAGUUAGCACCAAGUUCCCAGCCUAUGAGAGGGUUUUGCUGCGAGAAGCUGGUUUCAAGAGACCUGUGGUCUUAUUUGGUCCUAUAGCAGAUAUAGCACUGGAAAAGUUGGCAAAUGAGUUACCUGACCUGUUUCAAACUGCUAAAACGGAACCAAAAGAUGCAGGAUCCGAGAAAUCCAGUGGGGUGGUGCGGUUAAAUACAGUGAGGCAAAUCAUUGAACAGGAUAAGCAUGCACUCCUGGAUGUGACUCCUAAAGCUGUGGACCUGUUGAAUUACACUCAGUGGUUCCCGAUUGUGAUUUUUUUCAACCCAGACUCCAGACAAGGUGUCAAAACCAUGAGACAGAGGUUGAAUCCAACGUCCAACAAAAGUUCUCGGAAGUUAUAUGACCAAGCCAACAAGCUUAAAAAAACUUGUGCACAUCUUUUUACAGCUACAAUCAACCUAAAUUCAGCCAAUGAUAGCUGGUUUGGCAGCUUGAAGGACUCAAUUCAGCAUCAGCAAGGAGAAGCAGUUUGGGUGUCUGAAGGAAAGAUGGAAGGGAUGGAUGAUGACCCUGAAGACCGCAUGUCCUACUUAACUGCCAUGGGCGCGGACUAUCUGAGUUGCGACAGCCGCCUCAUCAGUGACUUUGAAGACACCGACGGCGAAGGAGGCGCCUACACUGACAAUGAGCUGGAUGAGCCAGCUGAGGAGCCACUGGUGUCUUCCAUCACCCGCUCCUCGGAGCCGGUGCAGCAUGAGGAGAGCAUAAGGAAACCCAGCCCAGAGCCACGAGCUCAGAUGAGGAGGGCUGCUAGCAGAGAUCAACUUAGGGACAGUAGCCCACCCCCAGCAUUCAAGCCAGAACCACCCAAGGCCAAAACCCAGAACAGAGAAGAAUCCUUUGACUUCUCCAGAUCCCAUGAAUAUAAGUCAAACCCCUCAGCUGUUGCUGGUAAUGAAAUUCCUGGGGCAUCUACCAAAGGUUAUCCUCCUCCUGUUGCAGCAAAACCUGCCUUAGGAAGGUCUAUACUGAAGCCCUCCACUCCUGUCCCUCCUCCAGAGAGUGAGGAGGUAGGAGAGGGCAGUGAGGAGCAAGAUGGCACUCCCAAGUCUGUCCUGGGCAAAGUAAAAAUAUUUGAGAAGAUGGAUCACAAGGCAAGAUUACAGAGAAUGCAAGAGCUCCAAGAAGCACAGAAUGCAAGGAUUGAAAUUGCUCAGAAGCAUCCUGAUAUCUAUGCAGUUCCAAUUAAAACACAUAAGCCAGACCCUGGCCUGUCCCAGAAUACAAGUUCUAGGCCACCUGAACCCCAGAAAGGUCCUUCCAGACUCUACCAGGACCCCAGGGGAAGUUAUGGCAGUGACGUUGAGGAAGAAGAAUAUCGCCAGCAGCUGUCAGAACACUCAAAGCGCGGUUAUUACGGCCAGCCUUCCCGGUAUCGGGACACAGAAUUAUAGAUGCCUGCGAAUUGACUCUUUUGUCUCCCUGCUGCUCCACCUCAGAGCAGCGCUCCCCCUGAGUCAUGGGAUGGUUCUUUCCAGGCAAAGUGCACUGUGGAGAUAGAGGUGGGACCUCAGGUCCCAUUUCCUCCUCAUGGGGAGUACAGGGGACAGACAGUGCAAAUUAAGAACUGAGGGCUCUGUUUGUGGAAUUGGGUCUGGGGAGUUUAUGGCUUUUUGCUCAGAUUUAAGAGAAACAUAACAGUCUGAUACUGUUAACUGCUUCAGUGGACCAAAAUCUGUAUCAAUUCUGUUUGCGUAUUUUUAAUGUGUAUAUUAAGAAGUGAUAACUAUUUUCCCUCAUUAAUAGCUGCCUUCAAGGACUGUUUCAAUGAGAGAUGGAAUGUGAAAAAGGAAUUAAAAUAUUUCCGGACUCAAACUAAACUCAAAGAAAUAUUUUAUUACAUCUCUAAGUGCCUUUGAUGAGAAGUGUCUUAAAUUUUCUUCCUUUGGAGCGUUAUGCAAAGCCAUAAUGGACUAAAACACUGACUACAGUUUCAUACCAGCUUAAUAGCUAUGGUUUUCUCUGCACUGUGUCAUCUUUUCAAGGCAUUUGUCUUUGUAAUAUUUUCCAUAAAUUCUGACUGUAUAUAUGGUAGCUAUACCUGGUGGUUUGGCUACCAGUGCUAAAUAGUUUGAAGACCAAGAUACUGGUAUAGAAAUUUUUUGUUUGUUUAAAACCAUGUGCUCCACGAAAGCAGAUAAUUGGAAAAACCACAUUUCCAAAAAUGUGUGUAUUGACAACAGUUUUAUAAUUUAAUAAAAAGGAGGCUAUUGCAACCAAUAAUUUGCUUUGUGGUAGAUUUCUACACUAGUUCUUGUUUCUCAAGGCAACUUUUAUUUCAAUUAGUGAUCAUGAAAUGAGAUCACACUCGCUGCUAAACAUGAAAAUAAAGAUCCAUAUGAAAAAGAAAAUGAAAACUA